GCCCGGGCGGAGGGGCGGCGCGGGCAGCCGGGGGACAGCUGCCCCGCCGGCGGGGGGAAAGUGUUAGUCAUCCCGGGAGCUCCCGGGCGUGUUUGCCCUGUGACACACGGGCAGAGGGAGCAGAGCCCACGGCCCUCCCGGCUCCGGCUUCCCGCUGACCUUCGGAGCACGGAGCAGCCCUGCGGUCUUUGCCCUGGCCUGGUGGCCCCGGGCUCUUCCCUCGGGACAGGCGGGUGGUGUUUGCGCUGCCCUCUCGGCGGGCUGAGAGCGAGCAGGGACUGCUCGCACUUCAUAGUGGGCUUUGUUCGCAUCCGCGGGUGCCGCGCGAACGGCUCCGUGCUUGACAUGAAUUCUGAUAAUUCCUCAGUAAAUUAAAAAGCAAGCGAUUUUCUCUAUAGAAUUAACACUUCCAUAAGGAUCUCAACUGAUUAUGUGUUAUGUGGUUUAUCUGUGGUUUUGGCUCCUUUCUAGAAUACAUAGUAGAUGUCUCUACUUCAAGGUCGUUCUGAAGAUACACGCUCCUGGUGCUGCGGUAGCUUUAUUUCUUCGCUCAGGAAAAAGUUCUGAGUGUUUUGUCUCUGAGCAGCGCAGCUCUGUGGGAACCUACAAAAUGGGAGGUAGUACCAGAGCACUGCCAGGUUUCCGAGGAGCCAGCUACAGGCUUUAAGAUGGCUUUCCAAAGUGUAAAAGUAAUGCCAAAAUGGAAGACAAAAGAUAGGUAUGGUACACUAGCAAUGCUUUGUGAACCUUGAGAUUAUUUAUUCAGUUAAAAAAUAUGCAUAGAUCUUUCUGAAAGAUAUAUUAGCACCCUAGAAAAACAAGUUAUUUUACUACAGGAUAAAACCAGAAUGAUAUUCUGCCCAAAAACUUGAAGCUUCCCCUUACCGGUUUGGUGUACAAUAAAAACAUGUUUCUGCUUUUGUACACGUUAUUUUGAGGGCAGCUUCUCAAUAGAAACAAAGUCAGUGGAGCAGACAUGAGGCUAAACAGGUACAAGGGCCUGAGUGUUGAAGUUUAUUACACAGAAGAUUCCAUGUUGUCACAAAUCGACACAUGCUGCUGCUCAAAGGACUGUAAUACAACUGGUGCUUCUAUGUAUUUUGUUUUUCCUGCCCGUUUGAAAACUAACAGAAAACAGGAACCUUUGCUUAACGAAAUGAAACACAAUCUGGUGUGCCAGACACCUCCCACUGUCACUGUUCAUGUAAAAGCAAGUGCAUCCAGAUCACAUCAGCAAAAAAAACUUACUAGACUAAAGCGACCUGCUUUUAAAGGCCGUCAAGGAAAUUGUGAAAAAGGGGUUCCUAGUCAGAAAUAUAAAUGUCCCAAGGGACCAUGUCUAGUUAUUCAGCGUCAGGAAAUGACAGCUUUCUUUAAAUUAUUUGAUGAUGAUCUAAUCCAAGAUUUCCUUUGGAUGGACUGUUGCUGUGAAAUUGCAGACAAAGUGAUGGCUAUCGCUCCAACUCAUUACAUCUGGCAGCGGGAGCGCUCUGUGCACCACAGCGGAGCUGUGAGGAACUACAACGAUCAGGUGCAGCUGCCCCGAGGCCCCAGCGCCACUCCCACAGACUGCCAGCUCUGCGGCAAGAAAGGCAGAUUUGUGCGCCUCGGACUGUCAUCGUCCUCCUCGUCUUCUGACACUCUGGAGAUGACAGAGUUACACUCGUCCCAGAAAUCCAAUCACACCUUUGCAAAUGAAAAAAUGCUCAUCGACUCUCCUUCUUAUAAAGCCAAAGACUGUCAGAGACUGUCCAGAAAAAGGCAACCAUGUAGCAGUCUGGAUCAAGAUAAGUCCAUGGACUGGUUUACAAACAAUGGAGAAUAAAAUGCACCUGAUAAGACAGAAACAGCUACUGUGAUUUGCAGAACAAUCUGGGCUGCAUCACAACACCAGACACGAUGAUCCACUUCAAAUUCUUUCCUUUACAUAGUGGGAUAACAGUUGGUGUUUCAAACUUGAUGUGAGGUCAAAAUCAUUACUUAAAAGUUACACAACUUGCAAAAUGUAGCAUCUACUUUGUUAUGUUUUAUUUUUUUCGGAUACAAUAUUCACAUUAGCAGUUAAGGAGGCAGCAGCAUCAAGAAAGCAGUGGUCGAAACUUUCUCAGCUUGAUAAGGAAUGCUAAUUAAAAAACAAAAGUUACUACUUUAGUAUUUCAAUAUACAAUGAUUAUUUUAUUAUUAUAAGUUUUAUGAUUUCAGAUAUAGGAACAUACCAAAUACAAGUACAAAACACCCCAAAAGUUGGUUUAUUUGAAAUAAAAAUACCACUAAACAUUUAAGAUAAACUUUUUCCAAGUGUCUCACCUGAAUGAGCUUCCUGCCAGUGGGAUGGUCGGGCAAUGUAAGGCACUGAGUGGUUUGUUCCAGCAGCAUCACUGAGUGAUUCUGUGAGAAGGACAUUUUUUUUUUACGUUGUUCCUAGAAGUUUAAGACCUACAUGCAGACUAGAGUAGAUAGUGUGCAUGUAAUAUUUUUCCCUGAUGUGUUUUCUUUUACCUAUCAGUAUAUUCAGAACUCUUUGCAAUUUGCAGAUCCAUACUGUAUAUUUACUUACAGCUGUCAUAUAAAUAUACAUAUAAAUAUGUCAGCAUUUUUGGAUUUGCCAGAACAGCUUAAUUUUUAAACAGAGCAUACUGGCCACUGUUUCUCCUAAGAAAUCCUUAAGUCCAUCAGGGUCCUCUAAAGCAGCUAUGAGACGAAUAUAAAGAACUGAAUUUUCUGAUUUUUUUUCUGAAUUUUCUUAAAAAACAAAAAAUUGAAAACAGUAGUAGAAGGGCAGUCAUUCUUUAUUGCAGAUUAAAAUUUAUUUUCUAUUUGGCCUAGAUUUUUAAUAGGACACUUCAACUUAAAUAGCAGUAGUCUUUUCUUAAACCUGACAAGGUCUAUGCUGUCCAAAACCUUGCCUAUUCUCAGCUGACCUAAGAAAACAUCCUGCCUCUUCCUAUAUUGGAUUAUCAAAGUGCAGUAAUAGAGUAUCUCAUCAGCAGUAAAGCUCUUACCAUUGUAUUUGUUUUCUUUGAGAACUGCUUGAUCCGGAAUAUGGAUUUCUUCAUAUUCAUUUUGAGGUGGUUCUUCAAUAUUUUCUUGAGUUUCCACCACUUGGCUUGAUUUGCAAUGCUUGAGUUUAGCAGGGAGUACUGACCAGCUUCUGUGAGUUACCUCAAUUAUCUUUUCACACAAAAAAGGAAGCUUGCAGCUCCGUAUUCUGUCUAAAAGGUCAAUAACCUGUGUGAUGCUUUUGAAGAAAUGCAAAGGAUAAAGUAGUAUUUUGAAAACUGAAAUCACAAAACCUCAGUUCUGCUGACUUUGGCAUAUUCUUUACCUUUGAUUUUACACAAGUCCUUCAGUUUUAGGGUUAAGGAGCAACCUGGCUAUUGCAUUGCAGAACAGUGCAUUUACUUUAAAGAUGCCAUAAAGCCUGAACUUUGCUGACAAGAAUGAGAACAUUCCCCAAGUAGAUGCCAAAGGAUUUGGCCAAGUGUAAUUUAUACUGAGUACAACUCCCAAAGAAAGCUACAUCAGGAAAAGACCCAACUUUGUCAACCAUUUCAUUAAUGCUGGAUGUGUAUUUCAGAAGAUGCUUGGUUUUGUCCCAAGGCCAGGUAAUGCCUGAAUAAAGGUGCCAGAAAUAAAUACUUACUUUGCUAAGUACACAGCACACACCCCACCUUGUUUCAGGCUUAGGUGUACAACAGGCAGAGCACACUGAGGGUUCAGCAUAUCCAGAACUACCUGCAAGAGAAAGACAUAUUAAUGUUCACUGUAAAAACAAAUGUACAUCUAUCAAUAUAGCAUACAACAAAGCUGGGGGAAAAAAAAAAAAAGCUUAUGGAAAAGAGAUGCAUACAACAGCAGUAUGUAAUCAUCAGCCAGUUUUAUUACUGCCUCUCAAAACCUGAGGUGCUUACACAAAAAUACUUCCACAAAAUGAAAGUCUUUUCUACUUCCAAAUGAAUUUCUAUUAAAAUAGCAAGUAGCAUUUGACCAACUAAGUAAGCCUCCUAGUAAUUAAAUCCCAUAAUCCUGACAGCAAUAAAAACUUUUAGAAGACUACAUUUACUAACACAUUUGAAUACCUAUUUCUCAAAUGUGGAAAAAAAAAAAAAUUGUUCAAAUGCAUAAAAAGAGUGCAUUAUGGUUACAAUGUCUAACCUGCUGUCAGUUUCAAGAUUAAAAAAACUUGUGUCUUUGGCAAUUUGUCUAUCUGCUGGUAGGAAGGUAUUCAGAUUGUAGAACAAUGGGAUAUGCAAUAUCUGAUCCUUCCUGCAGGACUGUUACUUAAAACAUUUUUUGAAAUGGUAUUUUUAUUGUAUGUUGCUUGCACCAUUUAAAAAAAUUUGCUAUUAAUUUAAAGCAUUUAGUAAGUAAGUAGUUGUAAGUAGUUUGCCUUACAGGGAAGAGUGGUUAACAUCAAGCUAUUUUCCCCAGCAUGACUCCUUUU